CCGUGGUUCACCCCACAGCAGUCGCUUUAUCUGCGUGCCAGGCCCUGUGCCGAUAGCCAGGGAUACAGCGGGCGGCGCAUUCCUUGCCCUCGCGGAGCGCACAGCCCUGGGAGGGGAGUCGACGUUAAGCGGGGUAAUCCCUCGGCGCGCAGUGAGGGUAGAGUGGAAAAAUCUUACAAAGAGCACAAAAUAGAAGGUGCGGAUCUAGUCGGAGAGGUCAGGGAGCCCUCCCCGAGGAGGUGAAGUUUGGGCCGAGGUUGGAAGACUGUGUAGAGAAUUAGGGUUGUGGGACGGAGAGCACUUGGCGGGGCCUUACCCCGGGACUUCUCGGCCGGGGCAAUUUUGCUUCCCUGGGGACAUUGGUCGAUGUCUGGAAAAAUUUUUGAUAGUCACAGCUCCAGGGCUUGCUACUGGCAUGUAGUGUGAAGAAGCCAGGGAUGCUGCUCCACAGCCUACUGUGUAUAGGAAGCCGCCAACAACAAAGAAAAAUCCCCCAAAAGUUGGCUCAGAUAACUGUGAUGGCCAUGCAGGAGAAAUAUCCAACUGAGGGGAUCUCUCACAUCACUUCACCAAGUUCCAAUGUGAUUCAGAAGGGCAGUUCCCUGGGGACUGAAUGGCAGACCCCAGUUAUCUCGGAGCCCUUUCGGAGCCGCUUCAGCCGCUGUUCAAGUGUAGCCGACAGUGGGGACACAGCCAUUGGUACAUCAUGCUCAGAUAUUGCAGAGGAUUUUUGCAGCUCAAGUAGCAGUCCUCCUUUCCAGCCCAUCAAAAGCCAUGUAACCAUUCCAACAGCCCAUGUGAUGCCUUCUACUUUAGGGACCUCUCCUGCCAAGCCAAAUUCUACACCUGUUGGACCCUCUUCCUCCAAACUCCCUUUGUCAGGGUUGGCUGAAAGUGUGGGAAUGACAAGAAAUGGAGACCUCGGUGCAAUGAAACUUUCUCCGGGCCUAUCUAGAGAUCUCGUGUAUCUCUCUGGUGCUCCUGGAGAAAAUGGAAUUGAGCAGUCCUGGUUUCCAGCAGUGGGCCAUGAAAGACAAGAAGAGGCAAGGAAGUUUGAUAUUCCUAGCAUGGACUCUACCCUCAAUCAGUCGGCAAUGAUGGAGACACUUUAUUCAGAUCCUCACCACCGAGUCCGCUUCCACAACCCAAGAACCAGCACAAGCAAGGAGUUGUACAAAGUGUUGCCUGAGGCCAAGAAGGCACCGGGCAGCGGGGCAGUGUUUGAGCGGAAUGGGCCACAUUCUAAUAGUAGUGGGGUCCUCCCUUUGGGACUCCAGCCUGCUCCCGGGCUCUCCAAGCCUCUGCCCUCUCAGGUGUGGCAGCCGAGUCCUGACACUUGGCAUCCCCGAGAGCAAUCUUGUGAACUCAGCACUUGUCGGCAGCAGCUGGAAUUGAUCCGUUUACAGAUGGAGCAAAUGCAGCUUCAGAACGGAGCCAUCUGCCACCAUCCUGCUGCUUUUGCUCCUUCACUGCCCAUCUUAGAGCCAGCACAGUGGAUCAGCAUCUUGAACAGUAAUGAACACCUUCUGAAGGAAAAAGAGCUUCUCAUUGAUAAGCAGAGGAAACACAUCUCUCAGCUGGAGCAGAAAGUGCGAGAGAGCGAACUGCAAGUCCACAGUGCCCUCUUGGGCCGCCCUGCCCCAUUUGGUGAUGUCUGCUUGCUGAGGCUACAGGAAUUGCAGCGAGAAAACACUUUCUUACGUGCACAGUUUGCACAGAAGACAGAAGCCUUGAGCAGAGAAAAGAUUGACCUUGAAAAGAAACUCUCUGCUUCUGAAGUUGAAGUCCAGCUCAUCAGAGAGUCGCUCAAAGUGGCGUUGCAGAAGCAUUCUGAGGAAGUGAAGAAACAGGAAGAAAGGGUCAAAGGUCGCGAUAAACAUAUAAAUAAUUUGAAAAAGAAAUGUCAGAAGGAAUCAGAGCAGAACCGGGAGAAGCAGCAGCGUAUUGAGACCUUGGAGCGCUACCUGGCUGACCUGCCCACCCUGGAAGACCAUCAGAAGCAGAGCCAGCAGCUUAAGGAUUCUGAGUUGAAGAGCACAGAGCUGCAGGAGAAAGUGACUGAGCUGGAGAGUUUGCUGGAGGAGACCCAGGCAAUCUGCAGAGACAGGGAGACUCAACUGGAAAGCCUGAGGCAGAGAGAAGCAGAAUUUUCCUCUGCUGGACAUAGCCUGCAAGAUAAACAGUCUGUGGAGGAGACCAGUGGAGAAGGUCCAGAAGUGGAAAUGGAGUCCUGGCAGAAGCAAUACGAUUCGCUCCAAAAGGUGACUGAGGAUGUCCAGGCUGUAACGGAGGAUUGUGGAGAAGCAGCAACAGAAGAUGGAUCAGUUGCGCUCACAAGUACAGAGCCUAGAGCAGGAAGUGGCUCAAGAAGAAGGAACAAGCCAGGCCCUGAGAGAGGAGGCCCAACGAAGGGAUUCAGCCCUGCAGCAGCUGCGCACAGCCGUGAAGGAGCUUUCAGUGCAAAACCAGGACUUGAUUGAGAAGAAUCUGACACUCCAGGAACACCUGCGCCAGGCCCAACCAGGGUCUCCACCUUCACCAGACACAGCCCAGCUGGCACUUGAGCUGUACCAGGAGUUGGCUAGUUGCCUUCAAGAUCUGCAGGCUGUCUGUAGCAUUGUGACCCAGAGGGCCCAGGGCCAUGAUCCCAAUCUCUCCCUGCUCCUAGGCAUUCACUGUGAGUCCUCAGACCAGUCUGGGGCCCAGGAAGGAGGGGCCUUCUUUCUCUUCUCUCUCCCAUCCCACUUUCCCAUAUUCUUACAGUAAUAUGUAGACAGAGUACAUAGGCCUGGCCACUGCCCUCUGGACAUUUAUUUGUUUCGCAAAGUAGGUGUUCAUAAAUCUGUUUUUGGAAACAACCUAUGGGGUACUUGCAUGCAGGACAAACUAAAAGCAGGCCUUCAGCAGCAAAUUAACCCACUGUCCCCAGAUGCUUUUUUUAAAGUGUAUGUCCCAAGACUGUGAGUUCAAGAUACUGCCUAUCCAUACUGUGCCCUCCACAUGAAAGUGUCUUGCAACUAACAUUCUCUUGAAAUGUUCUCCCCAGCAGCACAGCACCCAGAGACUCAGCUAGAUUUGCAGAAGCCAGAUGUGAUCAAGAGGAAACUAGAGGAGGUUCAACAGCUGCGUCGUGACAUUGAGGACUUAAGGACCACCAUGUCAGACAGAUAUGCCCAGGACAUGGGAGAAAACUGUGUCACACAGUGAGGAAUUCUGGGGGAUUCCCCCAGGGAGGAUCUGGGCUGCUGAGAGACUAGUCCAGCAGGUUUCUGCCCUGACAUUCUCUUGUCUGCUGUUCCCAGAGAGAAGUGUCAGAAGGGGAGGGGAGAGCCUGCAUCUGGAGGCCAAGGGCUUAGGGAACUGUCCUACCCCACACUGGCAUGUUGGAUUAUGUUUGUCCUGCUAAUUCACUCUCAACGGUGAGUUACUAAUUAACUUUUGGCAGGUACAACAGAUGAGUCCUCACAAACUGUUCCCAGCCCUAGGCUGACAUCAGAGACGAACAGGCUGUUCACCUUUCUUCAUCCAAUGGGAUGGAUCCCUGUUAAUUCCCACUUCACACCUUGGUCCUGCUGAUUAGAGAGCUCAUCAGAGGGGCCUGGAAAGGCCGAGCGAGUACUAGUAACAAUGGCCAUUUAAGAAUUCUCAGGCCCCAUGUGCCAGCCUUCCUGGGAACACUGAGCUGGCUUUCUGGGUUUUCUCAUGCCUGGUCUCACUGCUUCUUCCUCAGGGCUCUUCUUGUCCCAGAAGCCUCAGGGUAGUGUGUUGGUUAGCACAUAACUACUAGGAUUGGGGCCCUAGGGAUUAUAGCCGGGACUCUAAUCUGCCUACCAUGCCAUUUAACAAGAGAUCCCACUCUCCAGCUGCCUUGUGUCCCUAGGGCCCUGGCCAUGUGUUUAGCACAGCCCCUUUCUCCUUUGUUCUCAGGCCUUCCAGGUAGCCCCCUUCCUGGACUUAAGAGUGCAAACUCUUCUCUGUGGUUCUAGCCUUGGGUAGAAUUAUAUCCCAAAGACCACAGCGCAACUGUCAAGCUGCUUACCCCCUCACCGAGGGCUACAGCCUGUGCCCAGCCCUUUAAUUUGUGCCUCUCUUGUAUUGGGGGUGGUGGGGAUUAUUCCUCUCCCUUUCCUGCUCUGGCCUCCUUGAAAGUUCAGAGUACCCAGUAUAAGUCAGCUUUAAAGUACAGCUUUUAAUGUUUCCUGGGUUGUUUCUCUGGGGCUUUAGGGAGGGCCCUUUGCCCUCUGGUUUUUCUUGCCUCCUGGUUUAGGGAGCAUCUCACACUUGUUAGUGUCUGGUUGGUGGGCCAGCCAUGCCUCAUCUAGAUCUGGAGCCAGGCCAGGCAGGGGCCAUGUGUGGGCCAGUCAGCCACUACAAGAUUUUUGCUAAGCUUUGGGCUGUUGGCAGCAUCUUGGACCUCAUGCCUGAGCCUGAAUGAGGCUCUUUCUUAAGUGUUUUUACAAGUUUGUGUUUUAUUUAUGGAGUGACUUAUCCCUUCCAUUCAGAGCAGCCCCACCCAGCCAGCCCUUCAGCCUCUGGGCUCCUGCCUCUUAAAGGCAGAGCCGUCUGGUUGGUCUCCACCCUGUGCAUUGGGAGCCCAGCCACCAUGCUCACGGGUAUUUUUCCUCAUAAAGUUUAUAACCAGUUAUUUAUAUGAAUCUUUGUUAUGUCAACUUGUUUGUAUUGCCUAUUUUGAUUAUAAAAUAAAAUAUCUUAACAGAC